CCCUGGCUGCGAUGGAAAUCCAGCGCAGAGCUCUCGGAAACCUCCAGAAAUCCCUGCCCGGUGGUGGGGGCUCGGCAGCCUGUGCUGCUGCGGACGGUGUGUGCCGGGGGUCACCUCGCCAAGACCCUGGGCUACCUGGAGCUGGGCACCUCCGGCCUCCUCAAGGACGUCCCCUAUGGCACCCUGAAGCCCCCGGCGCUCGACCCCGGGCGGCUGAUCCCGGCCGAGCCCCCCCGGGGCGCGGGGACGCCCGGCCAGAGCCCCUGGGACUGGCAGAAGAACCAGACGGGCGGGGGGGACCCUCCGAGCCCCCGCGCCCACCGCAAGCCCGCCCUCAAGUCCGGCCGCGCCAAGAAGAUUUUCGGCUGGGGGGACUUCUACUUCAACAUCAAGACGCUCAAGUUCAGCCUCCUGGUGACGGGCAAGAUCGUCGACCACAUCAACGGCACCUUCAGCGUCUACUUCCGACACAACUCCUCCAGCCUGGGCAACGUCUCCGUCAGCAUCGUGCCCCCCUCCAAGGCCGUGGGCUUCGAGGUGCUGGUGCCCGGCGUCCCCCCCCAGCUCCCGCAGCCGCCGCCGCCCCCCCAGCAGAGCACCCUGCCCGAGGGGCGCCCGGCCAAGGCGCUGCUCAACUGCCACGUGGAGUACGAGAAGACGAACCGGGCGCGCAAGAACAGGCCCUGCCUGUACGACCCGUCCAAGGUCUGCUUCACGGAGCACACGCAGAGCCACGCGGCCUGGCUCUGCGCCAAGCCCUUCAAGGUCAUCUGCAUCUUCAUCUCCUUCCUCAGCAUCGACUACAAGCUGGUCCAGAAGGUCUGCCCCGACUACAACUUCCAGCACGACAACCCCUACUUCGGCUGACGGGGGGCGGGUGUGGGGCGGGGGGGUUGCCGU